UGUGCAGGCUGCGAAAAACCAAUGGGUGGUAUGACUAUAAAUGCAGCAGGGAAACAGUGGCAUCCUGAUUGUUUUGUGUGUAAGCACUGUAAUCAGGACCUUGAACACGUCGCAUUUUAUGAAAAAGACGGGCAGCCUUAUUGUGCAUUGGACUAUCACGAGUUAUUUAGUACACGUUGCGAUUAUUGUGGAACACCUAUCGAAGAAAAAGCAAUCCGAGCGCUCGGAAAGACAUACCAUGAAGGUCAUUUCUUCUGUCGCCAGUGUGGAAAAACAUUUGACGAAUCUAGUGCAUUUAUGGUAUAUGACGGGCAUCCGUAUUGUGAAAAGGAUUAUCUCGAGAAGUUUGGGCACAAGUGCAUGGGAUGCGGUGAAUAUAUUACAGGGGAAUUUAUCGGUGCACUAGGCGGCGACUGGCACAAGGAAUGCUUUGUGUGUGCAGAGUGCGGAAAGGCAUUUACAUCAGCCACUUUUUUUGUAAGAAACAAUAGACCGUAUUGUGAUCAGCACCAAAGAACUACUGCUACACCUACCAAAAACGCACCACCUGUUGCUGUGCUCGAAGGAAGGUGUGCAAAUGCAUAUGGCCAUGACUACCAUCCUGCACAUUUCCAGUGCUCUCGGUGUGAUAAACCUUUGUCA